AUGGGGCUGUGGGGCACAGUGUGUGACGAUAAUUGGGAUUUGGCUGACGCUGAUGUUGUUUGCUCGGAGCUGGGCUGUGGGCCGGUGAUCGCUGCCGUGACCAGUGCGAUGUUUGGAAAAGGGAAAGGUCAGAUCUGGCUCGAUGACGUGGCCUGUGUCGGUAAUGAGUCCCACCUGUGGCGAUGCCCCGCUAGAACCUUGAGCCAUCACAACUGUAAUCACGGCGAGGACGCAGGUGUGGUGUGUAUGGAUCGACUCCGGAAACCCACCCUUUCUCUGAAAAUAGAUUCCCGGAUGUUUGUGAGAGGAGAAUUCGCUGAGAUCUCAUGUUCUGGGAAUUAUCCUGGCAGCAAUUUCUCUUUAUACAGAGACGGCGAGUUUAUCACAUCACAUUCAACUCCAGGGAAUACUACCAUAGCAAUAUUCACCACAUCGGAGAUCAGUAGAGGUCAUUACUGGUGUAAAUAUACCAUACGCGUAGACGGCCGAGAGUUCGCAUCACCAGAGAGUGACCGAGUGGGAAUCACUUUGCGGGAUUCCUGGUCUACACAGACGAAAUUGAAAAUUGCUUGCCUAGCCAUGACGAUCGCAUUGUCUCUAGUAAUUCUUGUCCUGGUCCAGGUAGAAUGCAGACCAAUAAAAAUACACAGCUGUCAAGAAAAGGUUAUAUGA